AUGCGAAAAUACGCCAACAAAUCGCGAUUGGCCUCCAGUUUGCAUAAGUCAGCGGUGAAUACAUUGGUCGGACUCACUGUCUUGGGCUGCGGUAUACUGUCUAUGCAAUUUCAAUCCAAUGGCAAGAAUUGGCGAGUUUUGGGACUCAAUCACAUCGCGAUCGCCACCAAUGAUGUGACCAAAGGAUCCGAUUUAUUCAGAGAUGUGUUUCAUAUGAAGACCAGCGAAACGAAGCCACAGACAGAACACGGCGUUAACACUGUCUUCGUUGACGCGAAUAAUACAAAAGUGGAACUCUUGGACCCAAUCGGCGGUCCAAAGAGUCCCAUUUGGGCCUACCUUCAGAAGAAUACAAACGGAGGCAUUCAUCACAUCUGUCUCGAUGUGGACGACAUCUAUGCGGCCAUCGAUGACCUUAAAUCUCAUGGCAUUCGUCUGCUAUCGGAUUCGCCCAAAACGGGAGCGCAUGGAAAGGAUGUCAUUUUCCUGCACCCGAAGGACUGCAAUGGAGUACUCAUUGAAUUACAACAGAAAUAG